CAAUGCGCCAGGGACUUUAUUGCCAUAUCGAUUUACACCUUUGCCUAGAAACAAACGGAGCACAAGGGAAAACCCUGAACUCAUCGCUUUUCCAUUUCAAGUUCGAGCGAAGCCCAAAACACCUUCCGUCCCGCCCCAUUCUGCAUCUCCCCACUGCCUCCACCACCUCUGGUUUGUAGUCCUCUCUCUCUCUCUCUCUCUCUCUCUCUCUCUCUCUAAACCAUUCCCAUUUUCCCCGUUGUAGACAACUGUGGUUGACACACCUUAAUCUUUUAACCGAUCAGUUUCUAUUUAGCAUUUCUAUCGCCAUCAUGAGUAGGUCUGGUCAGCCCCCGGAUUUGAAGAAAUACAUGGAUAAGAAACUUCAGAUUAAGCUGAAUGCUAACAGGGUAGUGGUUGGCACCCUUCGUGGAUUUGAUCAGUUCAUGAAUCUGGUUAUCGACAACACUGUGGAUGUAAAUGGCAAUGAGAAAAAUGAGAUAGGCAUGGUGGUUAUCCGUGGAAAUAGCGUGGUCAUGAUUGAAGCACUGGAGCCAGUUAACAGAACUCAGUAGAUGUGCUUUGGUCAUCUUACGCACAUUUUGUGAUUUAUGAUCAGCUAGAGGAUCAGUCCAUAUUUGUAUCAUUGAAAGAGCAUAGUCUGCAUGCGCAUACUGAUGCGAGGUUAAAGUACUUAUUUGUGUUCAUUAACUAGGGAUUAUUUGUUUGAAACUCUAGAUUGGCUUAAUAUUACUGUCCUUGGAAACCUUA